ACGGAAUCAUGUUUUAGGGAUUAGGUCUCUCUCUCUCUCUCUCUUUUCUAAAUCCGCCAUGAAAAAGCUAAAGCUGAAGCAGCUCGCUUCAGAUGAUGAUGAUCGUCUCACCAUUUCAAAAUGCAACACAUGUACACCUUCUUCUUCUUCUUCUUCUUCACUCUCCGAUUCGAUCCCACCCGAUGUCUUUACGGAAAUCAUCUCGAGACUGCCAGCAAAAUCAAUCCCCAACUGUCGCCGCGUGUCGAAAUCUUGGGCGGCCACACUCCGCAGCUCCGAUUUCGACGAGCUGUUCCUGACCAAGUCACCUAACCAGCCUCUGAUUCUGUUCGCCUUCAUGAUUGAAGACCGGUUACCUUUCUUCACUUCACCUCAAGAUCACGAGGACUCGUCGUCUCUCGAAGCCACUCGUCACCAUACUUAUCUACAAAUCGAUCGUUUCUCUAAGAUCACUCCACCUGUUCGUGGAUUGCUCUGUAUCGAAGAUAAGCGAAGGAUGCUUGUGAUUUGCAAUCCAAUCACAGGUGAAUCUGUUACUCUACCUAAACCGGAAUCGAAUCUGAUGUGGUCUAGAAGCGUUUUGGGAUAUGAGCCGGUUGAGAAACAAUUCAAGGUGUUUUGCACUACUUGGUCACCGCACCAUCCGUUGAAUACUCUUGGAGAGCAUUAUGUUCUGACGUUAGGAAAUGGUAGUAAAACGGAUUGGAGAAUGGUCGAAUCUUGGAAACCUUAUCGUCCUGUGUUUGAUGGUGGGAUUUGUAUCAAUGGUGUUUUGUAUUAUUUUGGUAGCUAUCCAGAUGAUGUUGUGAUUGUUUGUUUCGAUGUUAGGUUCGAGAAGUUGAGCUUUAUCCACAAACCUAAAGGGAUGAGACAGAUUCAAUUUGAUUCGAGAUUGGUUAACCGCAAGGGUCGAUUGGGUGUGAUUCAGUGUUCCAACUCCCGGAAAAUUAGUGGAAGCACUACUAAAAGUUUUGAUUUGUGGGUUCUUGAGGAUGACAAGAAACAUGUAUGGACGAAGCGUAUCUACGUCUUGCCUAUUCCAUGGAGGAAAAUGGUCGGAAGCACCAAGCUGCGCGUUCUUGGAAUGACUGCUUUGAUGUCAAAACUUUGCUAAAGCUUUCAAGGGCGAGCUCAAGCUUGCAUCCAUAGUCAAGACAUGUGGGCACAGUUCAGUUAAGCUACUUUACCUCCACAUACUGUUUCACACAAGAAAAGCAAUGACGGUGAAUGCAUCUGUGAUCUGUCAGUAAAGAGUAUGCCCUCAACAUCGGUUUCUUCAUGAAAAAUGACACAAUUUUCUCCAUGUGAUGCCUCCUCCACAUUUACGCUACUGCGUAAGCUUUGAGAGUCUAUUUCUUAUCUUGCAAGUCUAUAAGAAAACUUAACAUC